AUGUCAAACCUUUUCUCUUGCGUCCAUGUCUGGUUCCGACAAAGCCAGAUCGGAGAACUCCCUCCUCUUUAUCUCAGCAGUCGCCCUUCAGAUUCAAAGUUGAAGCAUUUGGAACACCACUGGGAUCAAGUUAUUCAACAGUAUCGCGAUAUGCCCGACGAGAAAGCAUUGGACAUCAUUAUACUUCAAGAGGAGUUGCAGAGGGGGAUGUCGAAGGAAAAGAGAAUGGCAGUGCAGGGAUAUGUCUUCAAUGUUGAAGAUCCCGAGAGGAGAGCUAUGUUGGAGAUUUGGUUGGCGAGGUUUCCGGGAUUCAUGUUGAGGACCGAUAGAUUGGUGGAUUUCGGGGUUGCGGAUACGAGGAAGAAGGCUGAGACUCGAAGCAGUUGGCAAUCAUGGCUUGAGGAGUGGAAGCUCUGGGCUAGCUAUCGAGGAGCAAUUUUGAGAUUGAGCGGGAGUUUAACCAGCGCAGGCAAGUCAACUAGACUGCUAGCCAUGCUGUUCUGGAACCCAAAUUGGUCAUUUCAUGUAACCACUUUGAAGCACCAUACGGUCUCAAGUAAACUUUUGCAUCUAAGCCCCUUCCAUAAUCGCCAACCUAUCAAAACUGCAGAUUCAUGCGCGGUGAAUGUUCUACGCCAAUUGAAGCCCGUUUUGAAGAAAGAUGCCAGACCUCUCGUCAAUAGUUAUUGCCUCACCGAAGCUGGAAAAAAAAUCAGGCAGAGUCAGAGGGAAACGCUAUGA